AUGAGUCAGCUCGCGGCGAAUCACUCUCAGAAUACUAUUGUCAGCAAAAUACUACAGGUAACUAUGGUAGCCCUUGGCCUAUUUGUCACAACAUCAGAUUUACCUCCUCUUUCCCCAAAUUAUGAGCAGUUGUCUUAUGAUUGCUCAUUCAACUCAAAUUGCAGAUGGAUAUCGGUUGGAAGUCAUGUGGACCGGUGGAGAGUUGCGCGAGGUGAACCAGACAGUUUAUUAUGGUUAGCGGCUACAGGCACCAUGCAGAUACCAAGAGAACCUUACGCUUUAAUUGAGUCACGCGGAAACCCUGUGGAUGCGCUUGUUACUGAUGAGAUUCGAUGUCAGAUUGGUUAUGCAGAGCUGUCUUUCACGUAUUGGGUCAUUGGAAAUGCUGAUAUCGAAAUAUGUUUGACGGACACGCAUGGUGAAAAAUUUAACUGCACCGGAAUGCUGAAUUCGUCAAUAAUGCCCGGUAAAGUUUCUUUGAAAAUACCAGAGCUGCAAAAAUCAUUUCGGAUCAUGAUUCAACCAAGCUCUGAUCCUGGUGUAAUUGUUUUGGAUGAUAUACGGUAUGAUGCUUCAAUUUGCCACCCUGAUGCAUCUACUGAAUCGAACAUGAUCCGAGGGAGACCUGAUUUUAUGACUACAUCGCCACCACGAAGGAUUCGUCCCUGGACUAUCAAACAGUCCACAUCCAAAAAACCUAAAAUAGUGGAAGAAGUUAUCAAAGAAGUUGAAGAAGAACUGACAACAAGCUCUACCACCACUACCACCCCCAAUACCACCACUACAUCAACCACCACUCAGGAACCAGCUACUAUUACAACCGAUCACAUUCCAACCAUUGACCCAACUAUUUCUAAAACAACUACUGAAGUUCCGUUCGAUCUGCUAAUUAUUGGGAACAAAACUCGUCCGUUGAAAGAUAGAAGAUCUGGAGAAGUGGUUGAAGAUUCAACUCAACUUCUCUGUGAUUUCAACAACGAAUUCGCUUGUCGAUGGGGACCGGAAGCUGGAAGAUGGGCAAUAAUUGAGAGCGGUGCGAUUCCAUCGCUGGAAGAUUCGAUUGCCGAUAUAUCACUACUUCCAACUUUUCCGGCAGGUUUAGUUCUACAAGGCACUGCAAUGUUGUCAAGUGAUCCUAUUAAUUGUCAAACUGGAAAUGCUAAAGUUUUAUUCCGUUACUGGUCCAAUGGUGAUAUUCUUCUUCAAGUGUGUGCACUAGGUUAUGGCGACAAUAAUGAUAUUAUACACUGUGUUGAGCAGUCUAGAUCAGCAAGACAUGAACGAAACACAUUAGCAGUAUUUGAAAUCAACAAAGACAUUAUCGGGCAGUUCACCUUGAAUAUAGUACCACAAUGGGAGAUAGGGCUGAAAAAUCGCUUUUUAGUUAUUGACGAGAUAGCUUAUAUCGGAAAAUGCGACAAAACAAUAUCGACUACCACUUCACAAGCCCCAUUAAUAUUGUCGAGAACUACACCGAAAUCAAUAGAACCGAAAAUUGCUGAACGAAGAAGAAAAAUACUGACAACACCGACCCCAUCAACCACAAUACCUACGACAACGACAAAAAUUGAGCCUGAAAGCGAAGAACAGAUAGUUGAAGUAGAAGAAGAGACAACGACUACUCCGAUAACUACUACUAGCAGCACUACGAAAAAAAGAAAAGUGCUGACAACGUUUGCGCCUGUCUACCCAGAGGAAGCUUUCACACAAUCUCCGAAGCCGAGAAAAACCAUCUGGACCACAACACCUGAACCAAAACAGGACGACUACUGCGACUUACUAAAUUGCAGUUUUGAUGACACCGCAUGCAACUAUUUGAACCAUGGUCUUACUAAGAAACCAUGGACUUUGAGGAAUCGUGGUUAUGGUUAUCCAUUAACAGGCACUACUGAUAUUCGAGCAACCCAAACUAAUGGACAAUUCGUAUCAGCUAUUCUGGAUGCUGGAGACAUAGCGAUUCUGGAAUCACCGAAAUUUAAUGCAACUAGAAGUCUUAAUGUGUUGUUGUUCCAAUAUUUUAGACCGUCUCAAAUGACAACCAUUCGGUUGUGUCUUGGAUCGAGAUAUACAAAUCCCAUGCGAACCGUGUCAUCAUUUGUACAGUGUCCAUCCAUUCUGAGAUCAGUAACUUCUAAAAAUGCGUACCGCUGGAACACGGUUCAUAUCCAACUCCCGCCAGGGACGACUCAUUUCUAUCUUGUUGCUCACAGUAGCGAAAAAUCGGAGAGCAGAGCCGCAAUAGCAAUCGACAAUAUGCGAGUCGCAAUUUGUGAUACCAGAGGAUUUGCACCAGACUAUAUCGAUGAAACAACAGAUUUUCAAAGUGUCCUGCAACUUUGA